UUAUAGGGUUACUUCAUAGGGGGGGUCUCCAGAUAGGUGUUGUUUUUAUUUAUUGAUAGUAUAGUAUAAUACUAGUAAUCCAAAACUAUCGUAAUCCCUACCGUAUAAUACUUUUUGUUUGUUUGUCUCACCAUGGUUGAAGAGCUUGGAGGCUUCUCUGCUUCUUCUUCUUCUCAAGACUUUCACAACCCCGUAUACAACAACUCUGCUUCCAAGAGGAUGAAGAUUUUCUCGGAAUCCAAUCACCAGAAAGAAGAAACAAGUCCUCUUGGUUUGACAUUAAGAAAAACACCAUCUUUUGUCAACUUGGUAGAGAUGAAAUUAUCCCAAGCAAGGGGCUCAAGCUCUUCAAUUGACGGUUAUCGAGCAAAGAUGGAUGAUUCCCAACCCAUCGUUGAGAAGUUGAAGGCCUCAAACUUCCCUGCUUCAUUGCUUAAAAUUGGCACUUGGGAGAGGCUUUCUAAGCACGAAGGCGAUUUGAUAGCAAAAAGUUACUACGCGAAGAAGAAAAUUGUGUGGGAAGUUUUGGAAGGGCCUUUGAAGAGUAAGAUUGAAAUACAAUGGUCUGAAAUCGAGGCGAUUAGAGCUACCAUUCGUGAUAAUGAGCCGGGGAUUCUAGAAAUCGAGUUAAAACAACCGCCUCAGUUCUUCCGAGAGACUAAUCCGCAGCCACGAAAGCAUACGCUUUGGCAGCAGUCAUCGGACUUUACCGGAGGUCAAGCUCCCCUUUGCAGGAGGCAUUAUGUGAAAUUUCCUCCGGGAAUUCUUGAAAAACACUACGAAAAGCUUUUGCAAUGCGACCAUCGUCUGUUUGUGCUCAGCCAGAAACCUUUCCCGACGCUUGAAUCUCCUUACUUCUGCUCUAACAUCUUUGGGGCUACUGAUAUGUCUUUUGAUUUCCGUGCAUACCAAUCACCAGUUUCUCCGAGGCUGCCAUAUUCUUUCUCAUCUAUUCCUACAUCUUCUUUCGCUCCUCCUCGCCAUCCAGUUCACAACCUCAGAAUAACAAAACAACCUAUUCAUAUUGUGGACUCAAAUUCACCAAUGUCAGUUAUGGAUUUUCCGCGAACAGAUGAGAAUGUUAAUAAUUACAUGUUUGACAAGCAAACGGCAGCACAUUGGGAUCAAGAAAGGAAAAAUGUCGAAAAUAUUAAUGCGACUCAAGGGCUACGAUCCACUCUUACUUCGGCAGCACAAUCCAAUGUGGCCUUUUCAUGUCAAGGCUAUCGUAUACCAGCUUUUGGGGGAGUAGUGGGUAGGCCUAAUCCAAACACUGAGAUACUUUGUGACAUUGAAAACCACUUGCUAAGUGACUCCCUAGUUGUAUGCUCGGAUGAGAGAACAGUCCUCUCCAGGGUGAAGUCAAUGUGUUCAUUGCUUGAGCCAUCAGAGGAAGCAAUGAAUCCCGUACGCAAUGUUGGCACAAAUCACAACAUUGGUGUCAAUAAUUCGAUUUUGGGUACUACCGAGCAUUUCAAGACACACGGUGGCCUAGUCUACCCACAGCAGCCCAUCUGUUACUUGCCUCCGAAAGUUUCUUAUGAGAACCAAAUGAUGCAUCUUUCGAGGAACAACUAUCGACAUGCGCUCUCAGAUCCAAAGGUGGAUGAUUAUGAAGUGGUUGAUGCUGACUAUGAAGUCCGACGAUGGACAUGAUAUGGCAGUGAAGGUAAGGAAAAUAGGGGAUGUAACAGGCAUGUGUGUGUGUGUGUGUGUGUGUGUGGGGAAGUUAAUGUUUCUACACACUUGUUUGUUUCAUGACUUUUUCCUCUACUUUGUAGAUAGGUAAUGGAAAUGCUUUCCAUUUCCCUUUUCUAUAAAUGCAAAUCUUAGGGGAACAUAGUUUCCUGUUUC